UCUAAUAACUAUUCAAACAAGGCCAACAAUCUUGAAAUCUGCUAAUAAUACAAGCACCUCAGUGUUGUCUUUGUGACACACAUUCUCUAUCACAUAUUCCAAAAAUGGCUUCUCUAUCCGUCUCUGUAAAGCACAGUCUUCCUACUCUGCUUCAACAAGCUCAAACACCAAAAUACCCCAUCUCAAACAACCUCACCAUUGUCUCCAAAUCAUCACAAUCCCAGUUUUAUGGUCUUAAAGUCAUUCAUUCACCUUCUUUUUCAGCUCCAUCUUCUUCUUCUACUAGAACUUCCAUUCUUGCUAAGGUGAAUAAAGGUUCAGCGCCUCCACCAUUCACAUUGAAAGAUCAAGAUGGAAAAAAUGUGAGCCUCUCCAAGUUUAAAGGCAAGCCAGUUGUGGUUUAUUUCUAUCCUGCUGAUGAAACUCCUGGUUGCACCAAACAAGCAUGUGCCUUCAGGGACUCUUACGAAAAAUUUAAGAAAGCGGGGGCUCAAGUUGUUGGGAUUAGUGGUGAUGAUCCUGCGUCCCACAAGGCCUUUGCAAAAAAGUAUAAACUACCAUUUACCUUGUUGUGUGAUGAAGGCAACAAAGUCAGGAAAGAGUGGGGAAUCCCAGGAGACCUUUUUGGUACAUUGCCUGGAAGACAGACUUAUGUGCUUGACAAGAAUGGAGUGGUUCAACUCAUAUAUAACAAUCAGUUCCAACCUGAAAAGCAUAUUGAUGAGACAUUGAAGUUACUUCAAAGUCUUUAAACAUCGAGGUUUUCCUUUCUACAUUCUUUUCCUGCCUCUAGCCAAUAAAUUUCUUGUACUUUUGGUGCCACUAAUGUGUGCCAAUUUUAUGUGAUCUGAUAGGCUGUACAACCACUUUUAUUUGAUACAUGUCAAAGGAGCUGUUAGUUUAGAGUCAUGCUACAAUUUAUGGUGUAGAAUUUUGAACUUGGGUCUACCGUGAGAGACAAGUUUGCAUAUGGGCCUUUGCUCUGGCUGUAGUAAUGGAGAAUUUUCUUCAAUUGCUUUAA